CGGAACCAGCAUGGAGGCCGUUAUUGAAUCUCUCCUCGCGUUCGCUCGCUCGGCCAUCCCCACCGGCGCCGAGUCCGCCGUCCAGGCCGUCCAGGCCGUGCUCUCCUCCGUCACCACCGACGCUCGCGGUGCCUACCCGUUGCCGCUGUGCUGGGGCAACGCCCUCUGGGCCGUCCUUGCUUGCCGCAAGCACUUUCGUGCGCAGCCCGCGCACCGGAGGCCCGGCGUGAUCUUCUCGCUGCUGGCCACGUUUGUGCUCUUCACGAUGCCCGCGAACCUCGCCGCCAACUGGCUGAUCUUCGGCCGGACGCCCUCGGCGCUCACGCACCCAACCAUCCUGCCGACGCACCUCGCCUGCUACGCCGCGGUGCUCUUCUUCCCCUUCUCCUUGCUCGAGAGAGUGCUGGGAUCUGCGCUGCCCUAUGCGCUUCUCGACACACUCGGCGUGCUGGACAACGCGACCACCGCCUUCAACUACCUCGAAGAGGCGUACGUCGUCAGCGGCGGCUCGGCGGUGCUCGCCAUCGCCGCCGCCAUGGCCGUCAACUUGGGCGGCGGCAUGGCGCGCCACUUCGCAUUCAACGGCUUCUCCGACGGAGCCGCCUCCUUCGACUCUGCGCUGGGCGUUGCCGUCCUCUAUUCGGCAGCCGCCUCGUUUGCGUACUUCCACUAUGCGGUGGAGCCGUGCGCCGCCCUGCUGGCCGAGGGCGCCGCGCCGCGGCUGAUUUCGUGCGUCGGCGAGAGCGGCCUCUACGAGCGCCUCGCAUGGCUGGCCGCCGCGCGCAACCUGUACUCGCACCUGCCCUCCAACCAGUACGCACACGGCACCUCCUUCGUGCGCGCAGAGAUGGAGGGCAAGGCCAAGGCGAAGGCGCUCUGAGUCGCGGCUUGCGAGGCAGUGGCGGCUCGCGCCCAGCACCCGCCUCGCGGCUCCACGCAGCUAGAGCAGCAGCCUCUCGCGCUGCCGGGGCCGGGAGAGUGCUCCACAUCGCACACGUAUAACACGUACACGCGCCGCCGCCGGCCCGCGCGUGUCGCUUCUCAGCGCGUACUCGGUAGAUGCGUGGCCGGUGUGCGGUCUGUUUCAGCCAGUGACCGUACUCUAGGGGGGGGCAUACCGUACAUGCAUGCUAUGCAUGGACUUCGAGAACGAGGUAGUCGUGG